AUGAAAAACGAAGCGCUGGCGAACGAAGAUUCAGACAACGCCGAUCUGCCAUUGCCAACUGAUCUCUUUCAGGAACCGAGCUCUUUCCGCCCACCGUCACCAGAGCCGAAAAUAAUCGAACAUACCACCUCCGACGGAACCUCGUUAAAAAUCAGACUCGUCGGUGCUCAUCCGCUAUGGGGCCAUGUGUUAUAUCCAGCUUCGAUAAUUUUAUCACGUUACAUUCAAGAGCACUCCAAGCAAUUAUUUCCCGACCACGUGUCCACCAAUGUUCUUGAGCUGGGUGCUGGAGGGGGAUUACCCGGUCUAACAUGUGUUUUAGCCGGCGCAAGUUUGGUGGUUACUACCGACUUUCCUGACGCGGAUUUGAUCAAAAAUUUGGAAUGGAAUGCUGAUCAGAAUUUACCAACAUCGAAAAGACACAGGCUGAUUGUCAAGGGACUCAAAUGGGGAGCGAAGCUUGAGGACAAGAUCUUCGAGGACGCCACAACUCCAAGUGCUUCUGAUACUCCAUCCUCCCAACACGGUUUCGAUUUGAUAUUGCUCUCAGAUUUAGUCUUCAACCACUCAGAACAUCACGCUCUCCUGACCACGUGUGAGAUCAGUCUAAACUCCACAGCCCCAACCAGCGAUCGUCCGACACCCUCUCUCCUAGUGUUUUACUCUCAUCAUCGACCUUGGUGUGUUGCAGCCGACGAAGAAUUCUUCGUCAUCGCUCGUCAAAGGGGAUGGAAGUGCACCCGAAUCAUCGAAGACAAGAAUGCCGGUCUUGCAUUUCCAGCAGAUGCUGGUGAUCCAAGUAUUAGAGGGACAGUCCACGGCUGGGUACUGACUCGCCAUUAG